AUGACGCCAUCUUCUGUCUCCGUGUACCAAAACUUCAUUCUGUCUUCCACCGCGCCCUCAACCAACCCCCACAUUCCUUCCUUGUCGCCUGAUUCUUGUUAUCUGGCAAUGUCUCACUUGGGCUCCUCCACUGUCCUCCUCCAGCGCACGCCCUCGCUUUCCCCGUUCCAAUCGCUUCCCCACCUUUCCCCAAUACGCUCUCUCCAAUGGCGUGACAACUCCCUCCUCAUCGUCGAAACUUCUGACAACGACUUGUACGCGUACAUACGAUCUUCUCCCACCAAAUUCGACCCAUGGACUAUCUACGUCUCUCCUUGCCUAUUGCGCUCUUUCUGGCUCGGUCCCUCCACCACUGAUCUCCUCCUCAGGCGCGCUCUAUCUGACUCCAACUACCUCUUCCAUCAAAACAGCCCGCUCUCCUCACUCAUCGCGACUAGGCGCUACGAGAGCGUCUCUCAAAUCAGCCAGUUCUCGCGCGAUCUCAUUCUAAACUUUUCCUCAGACGGCUACAACUUGUCCAUCAACGCUAUCAACGAUACUUCUCACUCUACUUGUAAUUACAUUCGCUCCUCGCCCAUCGUACAACUCAAGUUGAACGAGUAUAUUCCCAACGAUAUUACUGAUAUACGCCUCACCUGCAGUAGCUCUCAUUCUCCCAUCUAUAUCAUAGCUCUCAGGGAUGCCAAUAGAGGUUUGCUGGUGGGCGUGCUCAACCCGGCUUCUAUCUUUGAUCCUGUCCCUGAUACUAACCUUCAUCCACCCAUUCACUGGUUACGCAACGCUGAUCACGCUCAGCACACAUACGCUAUCCGCUUCAUCACCACUGAUCCACUCGGUCAAACACUCUCGACUUACUCUCAUCAAGACGGAAAACUUAUUCAUUGGCAUGUCGUAGACACUCCCUCAAAUGCCAUGCAUAAACUCGGAAUCUUAAAUAGUGUGGCUUCGCUUGAUGGUCUGCAAGAUGUGUACGCAUCUAUACACGUUCACAAUGUAUUCGCAAUUGCAUUUCAAGAUAGAGUAGAGGUGCACAAAGAUGGUAGUUUAGUCAGGUCACUUCCAUUUAAGGCAUCGACUGUGCUGUUUACAAGCAAUUCCAAGCACCUACACGUAGUAGAGCAUAAUGAUACAUCCAUGAUAGUGACAUGGCUUGCGUUGAGCAGCUGUGACGUCGUUCACCGCGAGACUCUGUCACCAAUACUACAUUCAGCAACUGUAUCCACUAAGUACCUCACCAAAGCUAAUAUUCCUUCGUAUAAGUCACGUUCGCGCCCCAAGUCAGCCGUUACUUAUGAUAUCCAUCCCCUCCUUUUAGCGGUGAAUGAGGAUGGUAGGGUGAUCUUUGUGAAGAUAGAAGAUAAGUUAAGAACUCACACGUCAGACACAACAUUACGCAUUGAAGAAUUUACAAAUUCAGACCUUCUUGCGUCAUGUUCACACUCUCGCCACACUGCCGUAGCAGCAAAUGGCAAAGUGAGGAUAUACAACUAUCACAAUAUCCUCGAGCACGAGUAUGCACCAAGCCUGACCCUAAAUAUGGAAUUUCUCAGCCUUGCCGACUACGAAGGUGGCGUGCUCCUGCUAGUUAACGAAUCCAAUUUGGUUCGGAUUUGGGUGUCUACGCAUGAUGUAUCGACACGCUGGAUCGAGCUUACGCGUCUGACUCUGCCAGCUUAUGAAUCAACAGCUAUUACCGCUGCUACUUUCCUCCAUAAUGGUACUGUUGCGCUCGUCACUAACGCCAACAUACACAUCCAGUCGGUGUUGCACCUUCUGUCCACUUCUCUCUCUCCUUACUUGGACGGAUUUAUUGGAGCGUCUGAAAAGCCUCUCCGACAGCUUUCACUUUAUGAGGUCGUCGCUCUUGUUGCGGGCCCAGUCCAGGAAUGGUAUCCUGGUUUUAUGGCUAGGUGUGUAGAUCUAGGAUACACUGAGAUGCUCAGGGGGGCUUUGCGCAGAUUAAGACGUGCAAUCGUGCACCACGAUAUGAGCAAACUUGUCAAUGCGUUUGUAUUAGCUGAUGAAGAGGAUUGCGAGGAAGAUGAUGAAGAUAGCAGAUACCCUGUCAUAGACGAGCAGUUUAUAAACGCUCUUUCCACUGUCAAGGGAUUCAUCGGCAGUAGCGCUUAUGAUUCCCUCAGCAAUAUCAUCAGGAGCAUACAAUUAGCAUCAGAUAACUGCACGAAAGCCGACGAGUAUGCAUGGAAAGCGGUAUACUAUGCCUCUCUUGCUAAUCGACUCAACUCUCACAUCGCAUUGUUCGCGCUUCUGUCACAGAACGAGCAGCUCAUCUCAGACGUACUGCCGAACGACGCAGCCACACUGCUUGCAUACCCUAGCAUAUGGCUUCCAGACCAACAUUAUCAAAGUAAAAUGGAGAUUAUUGCUAAGAAGAUGUCUACUACGACGGAAGACACCAUCGAUCCUAGCCGCUAUGCUGUCUCAGUUGUGUAUUUCGCCCUCAAGAAGAAAUCAUCGGUACUAACUCUAUGGAAAUACGCUUAUGGACAUAAAGAGCGUGAAAAUGUUGUGCGAUUUCUCAGUAGAGAUUUCAACGGCGAUGGUGAGCAGGCCCAAGUAAACAGGGUGGCUGCUACCAAAAACGCUUACGUUCUGCUGUCUAAACGUCGUUAUGAUUACGCUGCUGCGUUUUUUGUCCUCGCUCAUAAACACGCUGAUGCUACGAAAAUUCUCAUCAAGCACUGCACAGACUACGAGUUGGCAUUGUGUGUUGCAAGGUCAAGUGGUGAUAAUACACUCUUUAACGCUGUCUUGAAAGAUAUGGCACUUUGGGCUGUUCGACAUGGUGAUACGGCUUUGGUUGUCGCUGCACUAAUCAAACUGGACCGUAAAGUGCUGGCAUCAAAAUGCUUGCUUGAUAUGAAGAGUGCCUUGAGAGAUGAUUUCUUUGCUAAUACAGUGCUCGGCGAUCCUUGCGAUUUGGAUUUCGCGCUAGUCGGACUAUAUAACAACAGCGCCAUCCCUAAAGCUUUCAUUGAGGGUGAAGGCAAAGUGGCGAUGAGGUGCGCUAAUCAGCUUGCUAGAGAUGGAUGUCAUGUACUCGCUGUUAAACUCUUAUCUGAGUGGAAGUUUGGCGGUGUGAAGGAAAGAUUGGAUAAUUUGGAAAGAAACACAAACACAGCUCCACAAUCGCAUACAAACAACUCGACUCUAACGCCCGCACAACCCAAAACUAACAUCGUUGCAUCCCAGCCUAAGCAGUCUUCGCAGCAUGUUGAUCAAUUCGACAUGUCAGCAUUUGGAUUCUAA